AUGAGUGAUUAUUCCAACCAGAACUCGCAAAAUUUUAGUCAAUCGUCAGCAUUUGCAGCCGCUUUACAGAGAGCCAAACAAAUUGCCGCUAAGAUACACCCGGGUGGUCACCAGCAGCAGCAGCAGCAGCCUCACCAACCAGUGAAGAGACCACACGACGAUCACGAUUCGGGGCCAGAAUUGAAGAAGUUCGGUGGACAGACUGAGUACAAUAAUGCUAGCUCGCCUACUGGCAUGAGUCAGGCUGCGAUGCAAGCCGCCGCCCAAGCUGCAGCAGUAGCCGCCCGUCUGUCGCAGAAUAACAGUAACAACAGCAACAACUUUAACUCCCCGAGCGCUCCCGGAGGCGUUGGUUCGCAGGACCCGAGCCAGCGUGUGCGCGAACUGAUCAGCAAGAUGGUGAACAACGGCCAGAUGGACAACGGCAAUCAUCAGGGUGGUGGUGGUGGUGGCGGAGGAGGUGGAGGCGGUGGCAAUGGUGGUCGAGGAGGCGGUGGCGGAGGUGGAGGCGGCAGCGGCGGAGGAUUCGGCACGUACCAGGAGAUGAUGAUACCAGGCUCGAAGGUGGGGCUGAUCAUCGGCAAGGGUGGAGAAACAAUAAAGCAGCUGCAGGAAAAGACGGGAGCGAAGAUGGUGAUAAUCCAGGACGGGCCCGGGCAGGAGAUGGAGAAACCGUUGCGCAUUUCCGGCGACCCACAGAAGGUGGAGCACGCGAAGCAGCUGGUAUAUGAGCUGAUCCAGGAAAAGGACGCCUACUCGCAGCGGCAAAACAUGAACGGUGCCGAGCAGGCGGAGGUGUUCGUACCGAAGGCAGCCGUCGGGGUUGUUAUCGGCAAGGGCGGCGAGAUGAUCAAGAAAAUCCAGGGCGAAUCGGGUUGCAAGCUGCAGUUCAUACAGGGCCGUGGAGACAGUCCCGGCGAUCGACGCUGCAUAGUUCUCGGCUCGAAGGCUCAGGUCGAGGAUGGAAAGCGAAUGAUCGAGGAGCUGAUCGACAGCGUGUUGCGUCGCGAGCAGCAGCUGCAACAGGGUGGUGGAGUUCGCGGCGGCGGUGGAGGCGGGGAUGGCGGAGGCCAUGGUGGCCGGGGCGGUAUGGGUGGCAAUUCCAAUGCUGAUAACAACUACAACAACUACAACGCCCCUCAAGUGACGCGGUUGGAGUACACCUUCAUGGUGCCGGUAUCGAAGUGUGGUAUCAUCAUCGGUCGCGGUGGUGAUACGAUUAAGCAGAUCAAUCAGCAGUCCGGCGCUCACACGGAGAUGGACCGCAAGGUGUCGCAGAAUCAAACGAACGAAAAAACGUUCACCUGCAAAGGCGAACAGCACCAGGUCGACGAGGCGAAGCGGUUGAUCCAGGACAAGAUUAACAUGGAGAUCAACAUGGUGUAUGUCGGGUCGACGUCGGUCUCCGUGAACCAGUACCAGAACAACGGUGCCGGUGGCGGAGGUGGAGGCGGUGGUGGUGGUGGCGGUCCUAAUGCGUACCAGCAGGGAGGCUGGGGUGGUGGUUACCAGUCGCAGGGAGGUUGGGAUCAGCAGCAGUCGGCACAGGCAAAUGCUGCUUCAGCUGCGGCGGCUGCUGCAGCAGCUGCUGCUCAGCAACAACAACAGCCACAGGCUGAUUACUCGCAACAGUGGAUCGAGUACUACAAGCAAAUGGGAAUGCAUCGCGAAGCGGAAAUGAUCGAACAGCAGGUUAAAGCGCGUCAAGCCGCCCAAGGAACGAUGGCAGCUAAUCAAAAUGUGCAAGGUCAAACAGUGAUGGCAGCCGCAGGAGCUGGAGCACCGCAACAGCAGCAGCAACAACAAGUCGGUGGCCAGGCUGACUACAGCGCGGAAUGGGCCGAAUACUACAGGCGAAUCGGUAAAAUCGAGGAAGCAGAAGCCAUCGAGAAGCAGAUAGCAGCAAACAAGGCCUUGCAAGUGCAGGCCGUAGCGGCAGCGGCAGCGGUUGCGGCGGCUACCGGUGGAAAUCAGCCCGGUGGACCUGGCGGGGCCGGUGGCGGACAGUAUGGCGGUGGUGGCGGUGGCCCUCAACAGCAAGGCCCGGGUGGCUACGGUGGCCAGCAGUACCAACAGUACUACGGCGGUGGUGGUGGAGGCGGCGGUGGUGGCGGUGGAGGCGGACAACCGGGAUAUGCCGGUUACCCGUACGGUGGAGGUUACCCGGGACAGGGUGGUGCGGGCUCCCAAAACCAAUCGAAUGCAUCCAACCAGGACAAGAAUUAGAAGCUAAGAAAAAAGCAAGAGAGAAAGACACGAGAGAUUGCAAAAGAGAGAAAGAGAGAGCAACAACAGCAGAAGAAAGCAUACUGACAGCGAUGGAAUGGGGUGCGUUUGCCUCCACCUGUUCCAUCUUCUCCUCUUGCUCCUAAACACUAAAACCCACCCAUCUUCCAACUGCGGCUAUGCGACGAAGGACACGAGAGAUUGGCUUGGAAGUCACCCUCCGCUCUGCCCUAGCCGUCGGAUGCAGCGAAAUUCUGUACUGUAUUCGCUGAAAAGCUCUUAUAAUCUAGUUCUACUACUACCACCAGCACUACUACUUGUACUACUGCUACUGCAUACAAUAUGCGACGCAAUGGAAAACGCAGCAAAACACACGAGUAAAACCAACAUUGCAAACGAAAUAAAUUGGAGUUUGAAGUAAUUAUGAUUAAUCCACAAUCCAUUUAAAUAAAAAAUAGUCUUAGGGUUUACCCGUGAACGGUAACAAUUUGGUAGUGUUAGUAGCAAUUCUAUACAUUUAUUACUGGUUAGCAAGAUAUGAGCAAAGAGAAAGAAGUAAGCACUCAUUAAAAUAAAUCAGCCAUGCCUUUUGCCAUCUUGCGCAAUGCAAAAAGCGGCAAUGGCUGGAUGAAAAACAAUCCUUUCCAAUGGGUGGAUCUGUUCUACGAGUCUUGUCGCGAUUUAUGAAAAAUCUUUUUGAAGCUGGCGAAGCUGUACAGUUCCUUCCUUUUUGCCAACUUUUUGUGUGCGUCCUUCUAGGGAUUCCCCGAUGUGUGUAGAGUAUCAUUUACUUGUAGGUAGCGGUGUUUAACAAAACUGCACGCGAAUAGAUCUAUGAAAUUAGACUCUCUUUCAAGCCAGGACAAAACUCGUAUGGUGGUGAACGUGCGUAUGAAUGUGUUUCAUAGUGUGCAGCAUCUAAGUUCGGAGCGGCGUACCGAUUUGUUUUUACCAGCCUACAGGACGACGGCAAGUGUUGAGUGGCGAAAAUGUGGAAUAAAGUGUACUUUAACGUUCACAGGCGCCACAAGCCCGUAAAUAGCCACAGUGGUGCGUAUUCUUCGCGCGUUUGGUCAUAGCCCCAAAAAUAACAAAAGCUGUUGUUUGAAAGAUUGCUCAUUUUGUCUCUGUUUGUGCGUGAAUCUACUAUACCCUUGCGAGCUUCCCGGAAACGAGGUGCAACAACGAUGUAUCAGUAGUGUAACAAGGCUGCUAUAGCUUACUUGUCUGGUUGCAGGAUACAACGUGCUAGAUAAUGCGUCACACUUGAAAGGAUAUGUAAGGGGAAAGUAAGUUUUAAGCAUCAAUGCUCAAUUCUGGAAGGGGUGAUUUUUGGUGUAUUAUUUCGAUCGUAGCGAGAAAUGAAUACAGUCCUACAAAAAAAAAAAGAUACACAAUGUUAAUACAACUGAUCUAUGAACCGAAUAUGGAAUCCAUGAAAGUUGCUCUGAUUCAAAAAGGGUAUGCAACGUGUGUAUUUUAUUUGUCUGCUGAAGUUCGAAAUGUUCAACCCCUUGACGACAGGUG